AGACAAAUUAGACGCGUAAAUCUUUUUGGUAGAGGCGAACAGAAUAAGAUUCAUUGCACAAACUGUGUAAAAAUGUCAUUUUUGACUUCAAACAUAUAAAGCAGAGUCAGAGGACCCGCCACUGACCUUUACCUUUCUUCCUCCUCUCUUCUUUCUAGUCUCCGCCCCCACAAAUCCCCUUUAAUUCUCUCAAUUUUUCUUCAAAAAAAUACCUUGUGUUCAUCAGAUCUUUGAAAAAAAAGAGUUUGUUUUUAAUCGAUGGCGUCCAACAAAGAUGAGAAUCAAAGCGGUAGCAGUGGUGGUGGAGGUUUCUUUUCCUCAAUAGCAUCGAGCUUGUCCAAUUUAGGCAGUGCUAUGUCUAAAUCUGUUAAUGGCAUGCUUGGUUAUGAAGGUCUGGAAGUCGUAAAUCCUGAAGGAGGCAAUGAAGAUGCUGGAGCUGAAGCCCAACGAGGAAGAUGGAAGGCGGAGGAUCGCGAUAAUUAUUGGAAAAUGAUGCAGAAGUACAUAGGCGCUGAUGUUACCUCGUUGGUGACAUUGCCAGUUAUUAUUUGUGAGCCAAUGACCAACCUUCAAAAAAUGGCAGAGUUGAUGGAGUACGCCUAUCUACUGGACUUGGCAGAUGAGUGCGAGGACCCACACAUGAGAUUAGUGUAUUCCGCCUCGUGGUUCAUAUCCGUAUACUAUGCCUUACAACGGACAUGGAAGCCCUUCAACCCCAUUCUUGGUGAAACUUAUGAGUUGGUUAACCAUGCUGGAAUCACAUUUAUUGCGGAGCAGGUUAGUCAUCACCCACCAAUGGGUGCAGCACAUGCAGAAAAUGAACAUUUCAUUUAUGAUAUAACCUCGAAGGUGAAGACCAAAUUCUUGGGAAACUCAGUUGAAGUCUAUCCACUUGGCAGGUCAAGGCUCACUCUGAAAAAGUCUGGUGUUGUCCUAGACUUGGUGCCUCCUCCAACAAAAGUUCACAAUCUUAUAUUUGGGAGAACCUGGAUCGAUUCGCCUGGGGAGAUGAUCUUGACGAACCUGACGACAGGGGAUAAAGUGUUAUUGUAUUUUCAACCUUGUGGCUGGUUUGGUGCUGGUCGCUAUGAAGUUGAUGGAUAUGUUUACAACAGUGAGGAAGAACCAAAAAUUUUGAUGACCGGAAAAUGGAAUGAAUCUUUGAGUUAUCAACCCUGUGAUUUGGAAGGGGAACCCCUGCCAGGCAGCACAAUGAAAGAGGUCUGGAGAGCUGCUGAUGCUCCUAAAAAUGACAAAUUUCAGUAUACGUAUUUCGCACACAAGAUUAACAGCUUUGAUACUGCACCUAAGAAACUAUUAGCAUCUGAUUCUCGCUUGCGCCCUGAUCGUUACGCACUCGAGAAAGGUGACUUGUCCAAAGCUAGUUCAGAAAAGAGCCGUUUGGAGGAGAGGCAGAGAGCUGACAGGAGAACAAGAGAGGCCAAGGGCGACGAAUUCAAACCAAAAUGGUUCAACUUAUCAAAUGAAGUUUGCCCUACACCUUGGGGUGACUUGGAGGUGUAUGAAUACAAUGGCAAAUAUCAUGAACAUCGCGCUGCUAUUGAUAGUUCUGACAAGGGUGAAGAGGCUGAUGUUAAAACGACUGAGUUCAACCCUUGGCAAUAUGAAGAUUCAGUAGUUUCUGCAUAAUAGUUGUUUUUCUUGUCUGUAUCUUGUGCUUUUCUUGCAAUACCUUUUUUCUUUUACUGUAUUAGACCUAUAUUAGGUCUGCAUUCUUUUCGCAGGGAGUUAAUUCCUACAUUUUAUCUGCUUGAGAUUGAUAAAAGUUUUGUACAUAUAGUCGCACUGAAAAUAUGGCUCUGAGAAUUUUUCUUAUGCACGCAACAAGUUUCAUUAAA